GGCUCACACUGAUCCCAGGACAGUGUCUGGAUAUGAACCCUAACAGUUCACUUGGACCUGUAAAAUACUUUCCUUUCAUUUCUGACGCUUCUUUUCAAGAGAAAGAAACAACAAGUCUUAUUUUUCACAGCCUGUCUGUUUGGAAAUGUGUUUUUAUUUUAUCCAGCUGCUUCAGAGGAGACCAGAAUCUGUUGGGAAUAAGAAUGUGAAGCAUUUUGACGGAGCAUCAUCAUCAUGUCGUUGAUGUUUGGGAAAGUGAAGACGUGUAAUGCGGCCGCAGCUCCUGACAGAAGCCCAGCUGAGUGUAACCUGGUGCUGCUCGGUGUGAUGGGCUCCGGGAAAUCAGCACUGACUGUCAAGUUCCUCACAAAGCGCUUCAUCAGUGAAUAUGACCCCCAUCUUGAGGAUAUCUAUUCGUCAGAAGAGAGGGUGGACCAGCAGCCAGUUACAGUGAGAGUGAUGGACACCUGUGACCAGGACGGUCCGGUGAACAGUGAGCGUUACCUGUCGUGGGCCAGCGCCUUCCUCGUCGUCUACAGCAUCGACAACAUGGAGAGCUUCAAAGGCUGCCAGCUGUACCUGCAGACACUCGCCCUGCACAACAAAACCUUCAGGCCACAAACUCCCAUCAUCCUGCUGGGGAACAAGCUGGACAUGGACAGAUACAGGCAGGUGAGUCAGUGUGAGGGCGAGCAACUGGCGGCUCGUUAUGGCUGUUUGUUCUUUGAGGUGUCGGCCUGUCUGGACUUCCUCUCUGUGCAGCGGGUCUUCUACGAGGCGGUGAGGAGGGCGAGGCAAGGAGGGGAGCGCAGCUGCCUGGUACCGGCCAUCUACAUCAGAGAGGACAAAGCGCUGCUCCCCACCUUCGCCACCCCCUGCUACAAGGAACUGCCGGCCCCGGCCACCGCCAAGUUGGUCACAGUGAAGACGUCCAGAGCGCAGAGCAAACGGAGGGCCGCCACACUCACUCUGCUCAAGGGCUUCAAGAUCUUCUGACACCACUGUGUCACCCCCAACAUCUCCACUGACUCUGUGAAAGACUGCAGAGCUCUACAGGGGGUGGACACAAUAACAUGAACAGCUCCACAGUGAACAGAUGAAUGAAUCCUGAAGACAUGAGCAGAGAAACAGAUGAUUCUCUGACUGUAAGAACCCUUUAGGUUUAUGUUCUCAUCAUCUGUUUGAACUUUUGUUGCUGAGAACUCUGGCUUCAUUUUUUAAUUUGGCAGACAGCACUAAAAACUAAAGAUACCGUCUGUGUUCAUGGGAACGUUUACUAAGCGUCACAUCCUUUCACACUGAGGGGCAAAGAAAGUAUUCGCUGCCAUACUGAAGAGCUGCUGUGUGACUUUUUCAACCUGGACCGUAUUUUAAGUGACUAAUGGGAACAAGAUUUUUUUUAAACUAGUCCAGUAUUGAGUGAGUGAGUGCCUGUUGGCACCAUCACUUUAUGUCAGUGUUAUUUUAGAUUUAGUCUUAGUCUUUAGACAAAAAUGUUUCAGUAACAUUUUAGUCAUUUUUAUCCUUAAUAGUUUAAGUCUAGUGUUUUUUAGAAACUUUUUUAAAACUUUAUAAUUCAUUUCCUGUAGAUUCUGCACAGUAAAAGACCUGUUAUUUUGUUAUAUAAAAACUUUUAUUGUGACCCAACAAAAUAAGGAA